AUGGCCGGCGCUUCUAACCUUUCCUUCAUCCUCAACAAGCCCAACGACGUCAGCUUCGAGGAGCGACCGCUCCCGCAGCUCAAGUCCCCGCACGAUGUCCUCGUAGCAGUCAACUACACGGGCAUCUGUGGCUCCGACGUGCACUACUGGCUGCACGGCGCCAUCGGGCACUUUGUGGUUAAGGACCCGAUGGUGCUGGGCCACGAGUCGGCCGGCACCGUGGUUGAGGUCGGGUCCGCCGUCAAGACGCUCAAGAAGGGCGACCGCAUCGCCCUCGAGCCGGGCUACCCCUGCCGGCGGUGCGGCGACUGCCUCUCGGGCAAGUACAACCUGUGCCACGAGAUGGUCUUCGCCGCCACCCCGCCUUACGACGGCACGCUCACGGGCUUCUGGGUGGCGCCCUUCGACUUUUGCUACAAGCUGCCCGACAACGUGUCGCUGCAGGAGGGCGCGCUGAUCGAGCCGCUCGCCGUGGCCGUGCACAUUGUCAAGCAGGCGCGCGUGCAGCCGGGCCAGAGCGUCGUCGUCAUGGGCGCGGGCCCCGUGGGCCUGCUGUGCGCCGCCGUGGCCGCGUCGUUUGGCGCCACCAAGGUGGUCUCGGUCGACAUUGUGCAGAGCAAGCUCGACUUUGCGCGGUCUUUCGCCGCGACGCACACGUACCUCUCACAGCGCGUCUCGGCCGAGGAGAACGCCCGCAACCUGAUCCGCGAGGCCGACCUCGGCGCGGGCGCCGACGUCGUCAUUGACGCCUCGGGCGCCGAGCCGUCCAUCCAGACGUCGCUGCACGUCGUCCGCAUGGGCGGCACCUACGUCCAGGGCGGCAUGGGCAAGGCCGACAUCAACUUCCCCAUCAUGGCGCUCUGCCUCAAGGAGGUGACGGCGAGGGGCUCGUUCCGCUACGGGAGCGGCGACUACAAGCUGGCCAUUGAGCUGGUGGCUUCGGGCAAGGUGGACGUGAAGAAGCUUAUUAACGGCGUCGUCGCCUUCAAGGAUGCCGAAGAGGCCUUCAAGAAGGUCAAGGAGGGCCAAGUCAUCAAGAUCCUCAUCGCCGGGCCGAACGAGAAGGUCGAGAGCGGGCUUGACACGAGUGUGGAUGAGGCCAAGUUGAAGGAGGCUGCUGCUAGCGGUGCUAGUGGUGGUUGCUGCUAG